GAAUUCCAUUUUUUGCCAUUAAAGUCCGAGUUUCAUCGUCUCAGUCAAACCCCUCGGGUUUGCUACUGUACUACUCCCAUCACAUGGCAAUUGGCAAGUGAAUGUGGUGUUAGGAAGCAUUAAAGAAGGGCGGGAAACCGACCAGAUGAAGGCUUCAACAAGCAUGGAAAUGGACGUUGGGGUUCUGUACGGUGCAAUAUGUGGCAACAGUUGGGAGAAAGCCAAGCAAAUCCUAGACCAACACCCAAGUGCCCUGACUGCCAGGCUGACACCCACAAAUGCGACACCUCUCCACGUGGCUGCACUCUUUGGGCACUCAGAAAUGGUGGAUGAGCUGCUGAAACUGGCCAGCCCAGAGACCCUCGAGCUCGCCGAUGACCAUGGCUCCACCCCACUCGCCGCCGCUGCAUCGACCGGAGCGGUUAGGGUUGCAGAACGCAUGCUUCGCAAGAAUAGAAACGCAAUUGGCAUUCCGGACAAGAGGGGCCAUCUCCCUGUCGCAUCGGCUAUUGGUGCGGGUCAGAGACGAAUGGGGCGUUUUCUCUACAAGGAAACCCCUUUGGAGGUCCUCAAACCACAGAAUGGCCACUUGGGUCCCCGGCUCCUCCGUGCGUGCUUUGAAGCUGGGGAACUUGGUGUUGCUCUGGAUCUACUUGAGCGAUGUGAAGAUAUCGUCUUUGCCCCUGAUCAAACCGGCUGGGCACCCUAUUCCAGCAUAGCUUCCCUGCCUUAUGCUGUUGAGACUGCAAGCCAACUUGGGUUCUUGAAAAGAUGCAUUUAUCCCUUUAUACCCACACCACCAACCACAACAAUGGAUGAGGUUUGUGUAGAGGUUCACCAAGAAGCAGGCAGCAAGAGAAGGUUUCAAGGCAUGUAUGAGCUGAAGCAGCUGCAGGCACAAUCAUCUGAAAUUCUGAAACUACUUUGUCGAAGGGUACCCAUUUUGGGCAAGAAAUGUCCAUAUCUUGAUGAAGACACGGAGGUGCUGACCGUCGCAGCCAGAGAAGGGCUUGUUGAUUUCUUGUCUCGAGUAUCUGAAACAUACCCACAAUCACUGCAGUUCACUCCAGAAUAUGGAAACUGGAACAUUUUCUUCCUGGCUAUUAGAUAUCGCCAAGCUGAGGUUUUCAGCCUGAUCCACAGGUACCGGUUCAAGAAUUUAGCAGCCUCAGUGGUGGAUACAUCUGGAAACUGCAUGCUGCAUGUGGCAGCAAAGCUGACUCCUUCGAACCAACUUAACCGCGUCUCCGGUGCAGCCCUGCAGAUGCAGAGAGAAAUGCAGUGGUUCAAGGAAGUUGAGAGUGUGGUUCCCCUUGGACUAAGGGUAUCUCUAAACAGUGACAGGCAAAGGCCAGAAGACAUAUUCAAAGCCACCCACAGAGAUUUAAGGGAUGCAGGGGAGAAAUGGAUGAAGGACACAGCAUCUUCAUGUUCUGUUGUUGGUGCUUUGAUUGUUACCAUGAUGUUUGCAGUGGCUUUUACUGUUCCAGGAGGGAACGACCAGAACGAUGGCUACCCCGUCUUCUUGAAAGACGACGACAACAACAAGUUGUUAUUCAUACUUUUCAUGGUCUCUGAUGCGCUCUCGUUGUUUUCUUCCACAACUUGCGUGCUCACGUUUUUGGGGAUUUUGACCUCGCGCUACGCCGAGGAAGACUUCCUCACAUCCUUGCCGAAGAAGCUGAUCAUCGGCCUUUCGGCGCUGUUUGUGUCCAUUUUGACCAUGAUGGCAGCAUUUUGUUUGUGCAUUGUUCUCAUGUUGAGGCAAACAUACCCAUGGUCUUAUCUUCCUGUUUUCAUCGUCGCCGGCGUCCCGGUAGCCCUCUUUGUGUGGCUGCAAUUCCCUCUUCUUCUUGAUGUCAUUUCUUCCACUUAUGGACCAGGCAUCUUCAAGACUAAAAGGUAAUAUAAAUCACAGUCCUUUUGCCAAGGUCCCAUCUCGUGUGUGUAUUUGCUUAGAGCUUCAAAAUGCAAGACAUUCUUGUUCCUAGGAUAUAUUAUGUGCUUUAAGUAAAUUCAAUUGAUGUAC